AGAAGAGCCGAAGAGGCAGGCGAGGGACGCGACGAGAACAUCCGCGGCACAAACAAACAAAGGGGACUGUAGCCAAAUGUGAAACACCGACACGUUGGAUCGCACGGCAAUCGAAUCCACACAGCCCCUAGUUCAUGAUCAUAACAUCUUACUAGUUUGUUACAUGACCUAAAGGAAAAAUUCUUUAUUCUCCUCACAUCCCUAGGCGGAAAAGGAAGAAAAGAACUUUAGUAGGAAGUGGGGCUUAUCGAUCCCACUUUAGGCUUCGCUUCUUCAACUACGGAGUUAUCCCUGAUACGCACAGAGGCCGAGAGAUGGUGAGAGUAAUUCCCAUGGCGUCUUCGAUUCGACCUUCUCUCUCGUCCUUCAGAUUAAUCGGUGGUCAUCGUUUCUUCCCUUCCCUCUCUUCCCAUGGCCCUUCUCGGCGUCUCUCCUUCUCUCACCUUGGCAACGCUAAUCCUCAGUCCCAUAGUUUUGGCCUGAAAGCACCCAGGCUUUUGAGACGAGAUGGCAACUGCAUGGGACUGAUAGCAACUGGGAUUGUGUGCCAGGCAAGCACAGCUGCUUCUCCAGAAAAUGUACUUGAGUGGGUCAAGCAAGACAAGCGUAGAAUGCUUCAUGUCGUUUAUCGUGUUGGUGACUUGGACAGAACCAUAAAAUUUUAUACAGAAUGCCUGGGAAUGAAGCUACUGAGGAAGCGUGACAUACCAGAGGAGAGAUAUACCAAUGCUUUUCUUGGAUAUGGUCCUGAAGAUUCACACUUUGUUAUUGAACUGACAUACAAUUAUGGAGUUGACAAGUAUGAUAUUGGAACUGGAUUUGGUCAUUUUGGUAUUGCUGUUGAGGAUGUUGCAAAAACAGUGGAGCUCGUACGGGCCAAGGGUGGCAAAAUAACUAGAGAGCCUGGUCCUGUCAAGGGAGGCAAGACAGUAAUUGCAUUUAUUGAAGAUCCUGAUGGUUAUAAAUUCGAACUUUUAGAAAGAGGACCCACACCCGAGCCUUUGUGCCAAGUAAUGCUUCGAGUGGGUGAUCUUCAACGAUCCAUUGAAUUUUAUGAGAAGGCUUUUGGAAUGGAGCUUCUUCGGACACGAGAUAACCCGGAGUAUAAGUACACCAUAGCCAUGCUUGGUUAUGGUCCUGAAGAUAAAAGUGCUGUUAUGGAGUUGACUUACAACUAUGGAGUCACUGAAUAUGGCAAAGGAAAUGCUUAUGCUCAGAUUGCAAUAGGCACCGAUGAUGUCUACAAAACUGCAGAAGCCAUUAAACUUGCUGGAGGAAAGAUUACGCGGGAACCUGGACCAUUACCUGGGAUCAACACAAAAAUUACAGCAUGCUUGGAUCCUGAUGGUUGGAAGGCGGUGUUUGUAGAUAAUGUCGAUUUUCUCAAGGAAUUGGAGUAGUGUGUGUUUAAAACCGCUAUUGCAGCAAUCCUGGGAAGCUGAAGUCAAAUCACUCGCGAAGACCGUUUCUUUAUUGAAGCUGUCGCCGUGAUCAAGAGAAUGUAUCAUACUCAAUUCCGAUUUUGUAGAUAAUAUGAUUUAUUGUUGUCCCAAAAAAAAAAAAAAAGAAGCGAAGGAGGAGGAACUGUUGACUAGGGUAAUAAAGCUUGAUAUGAUGAAGCAAGUUUGAGACGCAAUUCUCUGUACCGCAUUCAUAAUUUCAGCUGUUUUCGUUUUCA